AUGAACGGACAUCCGCCGAAUGUGGUGGCCACGAAUGAACGCAAUGGCAAACCGAAAGUGUCCAUCAAUGAGAUCGCAUCGGCUUUGUCGAGAAAAUCAUCGCCGUCACAACCAAAGAAUGGAUUCUGCGCAAUCCGAGGACGGCAGCUUUCGCAUUCUGGAGGAUCAAAGCCGUGCAGCGGCCGCAGAACAAAAGCGGGAUCAGGAGCGACGGAAGAACAGGAACGACAACAGCAAGAGAUCCAACGAAUCAUCCUCGCUCAGGCUGCUUGCCAGCCGAUGUGCGAAUCGUUCACAAACGCGAUCGAAAACGAUGAGAGCAACGGAUCACCGGAGCUCGACGACGUUGGCAUUCUUGACUCCUCAACAGUGAACCUAUCUGGAACCGACACAAAUGGCGCUCACGACACUGACCACGGGGCCGAUUCCAGUGACGGCGGACUCGGCCCGUCAGAUGAGCAAGUCCGUGCAUCUAUGAUUCAUCUGUUGAAUCCUGUGCUGGGAAGCGCUUUCGGGAGUUCACUCAUCGAAGAAGGAGGUAAUGCCAAACGCAAAGGUGACGAGAGCGGCAGCGGCGGAGCAUCGAAGAAACAUCGUUGGAUGACCGUGGAUGAGUUGGAGGAAAGUCGAUUUGGCAGAAGCAAAAGUUACGGACGUGUGCACUGUAAAGCCACCUACAAAUGCGCU